UUUUUAAAGUGUCUCUCUGUGAGAUAUAAGAAUGUUUGCUCUAAAGAGGCGCGAUUUUGUGUUUGGUUUCCUUUCUUUUAUUUGUAGUCUUAAAGGCCUAACAUGUUCACAAUGGAUGCCAGUACCACCUCAGGUCAACGGCUCUUUGGGAAAGAAUGUGAUUCUCCCCUGCGUCUUCACACAUCCAAAACAAAAUAAUUACAAAGGCGUCAUCAAUGUCAAAUGGAUGAAGAGCGGAGAACUCAUCUUUCACUGCAAUCUCCACAACACGACAAAUAGCCAAGACGACGUUAACUGCACUGAUCUAAGAUCAUCAGAGAGGCUCUCGCUUAACGGUUACCCCAAGAAAGGAGACAUUUCCUUGCGUAUCAGUAAUUUAAAGUUUACUGAUGCCACAAGGUACUUCUGUAGGGUGGAGCUGGAUUAUGAAAAAUGUUCUUCGAAGGACAUGGAGCUUAAUAUCAAUGCUCCAGCACAAAUCCUCAGCCUGUCCCUGGAUUUAGAUGCCAAAGCUAACAGUAUGAUGCUAAAAUGCAUUGCUCGCGGGAAUCCGGUUCCAGAAGUGAAAUGGACCUCCUCAUCUGGACUGCUGGAAAAUGGUCUAAUUAAAACAGACCACAGCAACUACAUGGUCAUCAGCUCAGUUCCAUUCUCUGACCAGAACAUGUACAAUUGCCAAGCUGUGAACUCACUGGGCCGAGAUCAGAGAACAUUUCCACCAGAUUAUCCAAACUGUUUUGGUCUUUUGGUAGCGACUUGUUUUCUGGGAUGUUUGCUGUUGCUUGGGCUUGUGGCGUUUUUUAUAGAUGUGAUAAAAAGAAAACGAAGUGUGCAGGGAGUCAUGCUACAGCAAAUAGAUGUACAAAGGGAUCAAACUUCUAUAUAUCAAGCUAAUGAGACAGUAUAUGCCAAUGUCAGCACUUAUCCAGUUGGUUGUGAAACUAGACAAGAUGACGUGUACACAAAAGGGAUGUCACUAGAGGGAGGAAAGGUGGAUCUGAUUCCUGGACCCCAGAACCACAAAAAUCCAAACCGACCCUGCCCCCGAGGUAACCCACCCCGCCCCCGAGGUCCCCCCCCUCAACCACACACCCCACUUCCUCCUUAACCCCCAAAAGGCACCAGAGAAAAGCGAGAGAUUUUACCAACUUUUUGUCAACAGACCUCAAAGAGAAAUAAAACCAAUGUUGAAAGAAGAUAUCGAGUGUAUCUAAACACAGCAACAAACAACACAAAAUCUGGCCUUUAAAUGGUCUAUGUGAAUAAAGCUGCAGUGUAAAGUUAGACAUUUGUCUUGUUUUUACUUUUUUUGUUUGUGUGAUGCAACAGUUCAAUACAGGUUUUAUUGCAGCAUGUGAGCUAAACCUAACA